CACCGCACCCGCGUCGUUCCGCUGCUGUCAGUCUGCCGAUGUGAGAAUCGCCCAGCAGCAUCUCGAGCAGUCGAGCGCAGCGCAAAAAUGCAUUGAAAUAUGCAUCUUAGGACAUUUCCAUCCAUCUUCUGUUUGCCAUGAGGGCGUGUGACGGGAAUAACGUGGACGUUCGCAUCGGAAUACGGGCCUUUAUUUUGAGAGAAAUGCGGAUUGUUUUGCGCUUGAGGUGUUAACGCAGAAAAUAUAUAUCUUUAAAAAAUGAAGAAGCAAUUCAAUCGGAUGCGACAGCUCGCCAACCAGACCGUUGGCAGGGCAGAGAAAACAGAGGUCCUGAGUGAAGAUCUGCUACAGGUGGAGAAGCGCUUGGAUCUGGUAAAGCAGGUCUCUCACAGCACACACAAGAAGCUAACCGCCUGUCUGCAGGGACAGCAGGGCACUGAUGUAGACAAGAGAUCAGUUAAAUCACCCUCAAAAAAACUGCCGCUGACGACACUUGCUCAAUGUAUGGUUGAAGGGGCGGCUGUGUUAGGGGACGACUCUCUUCUCGGCAAAAUGCUUCAACUCUGUGGGGAUUCGGAGGAGAAGUUGGCCCAAGAGCUGCUUGUUUUUGAGUUUCAGAUUGAAAGAGAUGUUGUGGAGCCUCUGUAUGUGCUGGCUGAGGUAGAAAUUCCGAACAUUCAGAAACAGAGAAAACAUUUAGCCAAGCUUGUCCUGGACAUGGAUUCUGCAAGGACACGGUGGCAACAGUCAUCCAAAUCUUCGAGUCACCCCAGUAAUGCACAGCAGGGCGGAGCCAAGGGUGAUUCUCUGAGGGAGGAGAUGGAGGAGACAGCCAAUCGGAUGGAGAUCUGCAGGGACCAGCUUUCAGCGGACAUGUACAACUUUAUGGCCAAAGAAAUCGACUAUGCAAACUACUUUCAAACGCUCAUCGAGGUUCAGGCGGAGUAUCACAGGAAGUCUCUGGAGAUUCUGCAGGGUGUGCUGCCACAGAUCAAAGCUCACCAGGAGGCCUGGAUUGAGAAGCCAUCGUAUGGAAAACCUUUAGAGGAACAUCUGGCCCUCAGUGGCAGGGAGAUCGCUUUCCCCAUUGAAGCCUGCGUCACCAUGCUGCUGGAGUGUGGCAUGCAGGAAGAGGGUUUAUUUCGAGUGGCCCCCUCGGCCUCCAAGCUGAAGAAGCUCAAGGCGUCGCUGGACUGCGGGGUUAUUGACGUGCAGGAGUACUCGGCCGAUCCGCACGCCAUUGCAGGGGCGUUGAAGUCUUACCUGCGUGAACUUCCCGAACCUCUAAUGACCUUUGACCUCUAUGACGAGUGGAUUCAGGCCUCAAAUAUUCAAGAUAUGGAUAAAAGACUUCAAGCCCUGUUGUCUACAUGUGAGAAACUAUCAGCAGACAAUUUGAACAACUUCAGAUAUUUAAUAAAAUUCUUAGCCAAACUCACAGAGUAUCAGGAUGCCAAUAAAAUGACACCAGGUAACAUAGCAAUAGUUCUCGGGCCAAACCUGCUGUGGACGCAUUCUGAAGGGAACAUGACAGAAAUGAUGACCACCAUGUCCCUGCAAAUCGUUGGCAUCAUUGAGCCGAUCAUCCAACAUGCUGACUGGUUCUUCCCUGGAGAUAUUGAGUUCAACUUGACAGGCAGCUACGGUAGCCCAGUCCACACCAACCACAACUCCAACUACAGCUCCAUGCCUUCUCCGGACAUGGACCAAUCAGAUCGCAGGCAGCAGCACGACCAGGGCCGACGCCCACUCAGCGUUGCCACUGACAACAUGAUGCUGGAAUUCUACAAGAAGGAUGGCAGCAUCAGGAAAAUUCAAAGUGUCGGUGUCAGAGUGAUGGACACGUCUUGGGUAAAGACGAAAGGUUCCUCUACGCUGGCCCGCAAAGCCUCGUCCACCCCUCCCAGCGCGCAGCCGCCCGGCUCUCCCGCUGACACCCUGAUCACAGAACAGUACGGCGAGCUGGCUACAUCUCCAACCCCCACUCCUCCUCUCGGAGACAGGGGCAGCUCAGACGACGUGUCGCCCAAUCGGCCGGAUUCCUCACAUGUCUAUACGUCCCACGUGGAGGAGCGGCCACCUCCCCCUUACCCUUCCUCAUCCUAUUCCUCUCACCCCGCCCCUCAUCAUUUCUACCCCAAACCACCUCUCUGCGCUCGGCCCGUGGCCCCCGGCCCUGAGUCCCAGCCUCCCAGCUCCCCGCCUCAUCCCCUGCGCUGGGCCGGAUUCAGUCCCCCUCAGCUACAGCCCCAACCCCAGCCACCCCCAUCCUCUUCCUCCUCGUCUUCCUCUUCCUCACUCGAUAUCAACUCCAACCCCAAACCUAGCUGCCUGCAUUUCCCCAAACACAGCCCCCUGUGUGACGUGCCGCAUGCCGCGCCGCCUGACGCCAAUGCCUCGCCCCUCUACAUUAAAACUCCUCUCGUGCUGACCCGCCACGACACAUCCCUCGGAAACCCCCCUAGCGUCCCCUCCUCCGCCCCCCCACCGUGGGCUGCCUGUCCGUGUGCCCGCGACAGAGGACCCCCCAGGCUGACUAGCACUCUGAUGAGCAAGGAGCUCUCUCCCGUGAUUGGUCACAAGUCCAUGCAGGCGUCAGGAGCAACAGUGCCCCCUGUCUGCGGUCAGCAAAGCAAUAGCCAGUCACCCCACUCGGCCGAGCAGAGCCCCCACACAUUACACAAAGCCUCUAAGAAACUCGUCCCUGUGCCACCCAAGGUUCCAUACGGCCAGUCAGGGGGGAUGUCAGACCAAUCCACAGGUCAGCCGUCUCCGGUUAGCCUGUCCCCCACUCCCCCAAAUACUCCCUCCCCUUACAGUCUGGGCUGUCCUCCUGGACACGUGCCCGCCUCUUUCCCAGGCCAGACCGCAUUAGGGGGACCCCAUACAUUAUCUUCUCCGCCCUCUCUGACCGGUACACUCACAAAGUCCAGGCCCACCCCAAAGCCCAGGCAAAGACCCAGCCUGCCCCCUCCCCAGCCACCCACCGUCCCCCCUACAGUCCCCCAGCCCCUGGAGCAGGGUCUACUUGACGGAUUGUCCCCCGGGGAGAGCAUGUCCACAGCAGAUUUCUUCAGUUUGGAAAUCCCCUCCUUCAAUGUCAAUCUGGACAGCCUGCUGGACGAGUUCAGGGUGGUUCCCUGUCGGAGCUCCUUUGCCAUGGUCAGCUCUCCGGAGGGGGAGUCCGUGUCCGAGGAGGAGGGCCAGAGCACCACGCUUUAACCCCUGAGCCCACCCAGCAGUUUACCAGCCUCGCCCCAAGUGAAACCCCGCCCUAGCCGAACCCCGGAGACCCGCCUCUUCUGGUCAGCGACACUACAUGGGAGACUAUAACAGACGCAAACCACUCAACAGGUGCCAUAAAAACGCAACAGAAUGGAUUUUGUUCAAAACGCCACUGGAGGAACUUGGCACGUUUGGUGUUCCUGUUUCUCUUCUGUGUUGUUGGUUUCGUUUUAUUUGGAUGUUUUUAUUUCUGCCUUAUCGGAGCUGCAGUUACAAUACAAAUGCACAUAGGAAGCAAUUUGCGGACUUCAGAGGAACCUCACACACUUUGUUGUGCUGGAGGAUAUGGAUCUAAGGCCUUCUUUGCUUUCCCUACAGGGUCCAAGGAGAUACUCUUUGUAGAUGUACAAUAGUGGCAUAUAGCAUGCAGGUUUAUUUGUGUCUAAUUUUGCAAUGCUGAGGCCUCAUAUGUGGGCUUUCUUUCGGUCACAUCAGCUCUUUCUGAUUUCGCAAUAUCUCUAACCUACAUGCUACAUCGCUUUAGCAAAGAUAGUACAAGAAACAAUUUGGGUUAAAGGGAUAUUUCAGAGGCAAAACAAAAUUCCCCCAUGCUUUACUCAC